GCAGAAGAGAGCAGUGCAGAAUUUUUCGCUUCUUCACUUUUCUUCGUCUGUCUGAGGAGAUUCACUUUUGCUUCGCAUACAGAGUUUUUAUUUACCGAUGAUCAAGACGGAAAUAACUAAAGAGUGGAUGCAAAGAAUGUGAGGCAAUAUCCAUUAAGAUGGAAUCUCUUAACCAUUCCACCUCCACUUUGCCUUCCUGCACCUACAAGGAGGAGUUCAAGCGCUACCUCCUCCCAUCCGUCUACAGCCUGGUCUUCAUCUUUGGACUGCCGCUCAAUUUCAUUAUCAUCCUGCGGAUCUGGGGCUCACGGCGCACACUGACGCGGACCAAGAUCUACAUGCUGAAUCUAGCCGUGGCGGACUUUCUGUACGUCUGUUCCCUUCCUCUUCUCAUAUACAACUACGCCAGCAAGGACUACUGGCCGUUCGGCGACUUCACCUGCCGUCUGGUUCGCUUUCAGUUCUACAGCAACCUUCACGGAAGCAUCUUCUUCCUCACCUGCAUCAGCUUCCAGCGCUACAUGGGCAUCUGCCAUCCGAUGACGCUGUGGCCUAAACAGGGCGGGCGCAGGUUGGCAUGGUUGGUCUGCGCUGGCGUUUGGGUGGCCGUCGUCUUGCUCUGCGCUCCCACGUUUGAGUUCGCCGCCACCGGCAUCCAGCGCAACCGCACGGUGUGCUACGACCUGAGCGUUCCCGUUCGUGCAACAGAAUACUUCCCGUACGGCAUCACCUUGACCUGCCUGGGCUUCGUCGUGCCCUUUCUGGUGAUCGUGGUGCUGUACUGCAAAAUGGCGCGGGUUCUCUGGCAGGUCGGCGAAGCCAGAGAAGUCUCGGCCGCGGAAAAGAAGAAUAAAGCCAUCAGGAUGAUCAUCAUUGUAACGCUGGUGUUCGCCAUCAGCUUUUUGCCGUUCCACAUGACGAAGACGCUCUACCUGCUAGUGAGGACUUUUCCCACGGCCCCCUGUGAACUGAGGAACCUGCUGGCUGUGGUGUACAAAAGCACCAGACCCUUUGCCAGCAUGAACAGUGUUUUGGACCCCAUUCUGUUCUACUUCACCCAGCCGCAGUACAGGCGCAGUACCAGAAGCCUGCUGCUCAAAAUCACCUCACUGAAAGACAUGACUGCCAAAAUCUGACUGGAACACGCCUGGUUUUGUCUAAUAUUACUGUAUAUGAAAGGUUUAGUUCACACAAACAUGACAAUUCUGUCAUUAAUUACUCACCCUCAUGUCGUUCCAAAUACGUAAG